AUGGUUGAUGUUCAAUCUGAAAAUUCACACAUUGCAACUUCUUCUACUGUGAGAAUAGACAUUGCUAGCCUAUUUUACUUGCAUCCUUCAGAAAAUGCAGGAUCAACAUUGUUGCCAACUAUUUUUUAUGGAACUGGUUAUAGAUCAUGGAGACCAGCUGUUCUUAGGGCCUUAUCAAUGAAGAGCAAAACAGGCUUUAUUAAUGGGAAAAUUAUGAAACCUGAUUCAGAGGAUCCAAGCUUUGCGCAUUGGGAAAUGUGUGAUGACAUGAUGACUUCGUGGAUUCUAAAUUCCCUCUCACCAGAAUUGAGAGAUGGCCUACAGUAUGUGAACAAUGCUAGAGAGUUUUGGGAGGAAUUGGAGGAUCGUAAUGACCAAACAAAUGGAUGUAAGUUGUAUCAAUUACAGAAAGAGAUAAAUGAUUUGGUGCAGGAAAGUUUAGAUGUUACUGGAUAUUACACACAAAUGAAGAAGUUGUGGGAAGAGAUGAACACUGUUGACAUCACUUCUCAAUGCACUUGUGUGUGCAUUUGUGGUGGAAAGACCAAGAUACACAAGGCUGAACAAAACAUGAGACUUAUACAUUUUUUGAUGGGUUUGAAUGAAGUGUAUACUACAGUGAGGGGAAGUAUCCUGAUGAUGAGCGACUUACCAAGCAUGACACAGGCUUUUGUUAUAUUAUCCCAAGAGGAGAGACACAGGGAAGUAAAGCCCCAUAAUCACAUUAUUUUGGACUUCACAUCUCUAACUACAUCUGCAUCUACUUCUAAUGGAAAAGGUUUCAAGACAAAUUACAGUUCUUAUAGAGGAGGUGCAGGCAGCUCUGGCAGUACCAAUAACAAUUGA